CCAGAUUUGAUAUGAAACUCUUACCAAUUUGAGCUUAUUACUCCGGGGUUUGAUGAAAUUUGCUUGAAAGUGAAUUGCGGCAUACACUGCGCAGAUAUUUCGUAAUAUGCGCAUUGUGUUUUGAAAGCUGAUUUGGGUCUUUCACAUCAAAAUAAUAAUUAAUACGCGGUAACUGAGAUAUCAUUGGUGGUCAAAUUUUCUGAAAUUAGAUUAAGGAAAUCAUGUCGCAGCAAGAUUCAAAUGAUACACCAAAGGCUCAGUCUACUGGGUCAGAUAAGGAAUCGAUGGACAGAUUCACAGAUCCCCCAGAGAGCAGCGACUGCAGCAACCACAGUACAACAGACAAAGACAGUGAGGUGUCGGACUCUGACUCGAGACUCGGCUCGGCUCGAAAUGAGGCGGCGGCCAUGCCCCAGCCGCCGCUGAGGCCACGCCCGGCGGCUCCCUACCACCAGAGCGCCAACAGCGGGUCGGCCGGCAGUGUGUUAGCGCCCUCUCGGCUCGGUAACCCGUUCGCGCGCGUGGCGGCGCCGGUGGUGCGCAGUACCGCGGACAGCUCGGAGCACCGUCCGCUGUCCGGCGGCGUGCUGGCGCCCUCGCGGCUGGGCGGUGUCGGCGGCGGCGCGGCGGCCGUCUCCUCGAGCCGCUCCGUACUGCGGCCGUCGGCACUCUCCGUCCCCGCUGCCAGCCUGAAGACGCCCGAGACGAACGGCCUCGGCGGCAGCACGUUCACACUACAUCCGCCCAAAUUCAACAACCCGUUCGCCGCCAAAGCCGCACCCGAGGAGGACUCUGAGGACAGCCCGGCGGCGCCCGAGUGCGCCUCCACGGAGACGGCGAGCCGCCGGCCCGCCCCCGCUGCCGCCGCUGCCGCCGCCCCUCCGGCUGUUAAUGAGACAGUGACCAGCACCAGUGGCAGCAACGGCUUCACACUGCAGGCGGCCGCCGAGCGACGCUCUGAGGAGACCGAGUCGGGGUCCAUCUCCUCGUCUUCGGGCGCCGGCGGCGGCUUCGUGUUCGGUCAGAACCUCGAGGACCGCGUGACCAACGCGGCAGCGGCCGCCGCCGAGCCGGCCUCUGCCGUCUCCUCGUCCGGCGACGAGCCGCCGGCUGAGGGCGCCACCGGCGAGCCGGCCGGCGACCAGGCGGCGCCACCGUCGCAGCCGGCGGCCGGCCUCAGUCUGCGCGAGUCGGCGGCCGUGUAUGAGAAGCAGCGCACCUCCAAACGGAAGUACGAUGAGGUGGAGGUGGUCACCGGAGAGGAGGAAGAGAGCAACGUGCUCCAGAUCAACUGUAAACUGUACGCGUUCAACAAGGAGAACUGCUCGUGGCUGGAGCGGGGCCGUGGUCUGCUGCGGCUCAACGAUCGACGGGAGGAGGCCGGCGGGGGCGGACCGCUGCAGUCGCGACUCGUCUUCCGGACACAGGGCAGCCUGCGACUGGUGCUCAACACUAAGAUCUGGCCGGCGAUGAGUGUGGAGAAACCCAGCGAGAAAGACGUGCGAGUCACUGCCAUGGAUAACGACCAGGUCAAGGUUUUCCUCAUCAAGAGCAGCACCAAGGACGCCGAGCUGCUGUUUAACGCGCUCGACUACCGACUGAGCGGUCUCCGAGCGGCCGAGUCGGCCGACGGUUCCGAUGCCGAGGCAGCCGCCAAGAAGGCUCGGCAACAGGAGGGCGACGCCUCCCAGAACUGAGCUCCCGCGCACCCGGGGAGCGAGGGAAGUCGACCUCUGAGCUGCCGGGCCGGCUCGGCGGCUGCGGCCGCGUCCGUCUGUCGGCUGGGUGGGCAGGACAUGUCUGCACUGGCGUGGACUUUCCACUACGGAGUGUUUCCGAGUACCAGCUUGUGUCUGUACGGAGAAAGACACGCUGGUGUGGUACGCUUAGUACGCUCAGUCGGCGUAUGAGUGCAUUUGACCUAGGCUCCGAACGACAGACGUUAAUUGGGAGACAACUGUGAUUUAGUUCGAUGAGUAUCGGAUUAUGUUCGACAUCCUAGAAAUGCUUCAGACGAGCCAGGGUCGUGGUGGACUGAGAGUCGCUUUUGCCAGGACUGGUACUGGUGUGGCCGGGGUAUAAGACCCGCGGAAAGUGACAGUGGCGACACCUCAGUGACACUGACGGUGAUGAUAGUGGCAGUAUCAGUGAUUGUGACAGUGUCAAAGACAGUGACUGUGGCAAUGUCUGGGCUGAUGACUGUGGCGCAAAGACAGUUAUACCGGUGACAAAGCUCCACUGAGCUGCGCGGGCCUCACUAUGCGCUGGCCCGUCAGUCAUCACACCCGAUCACCGGACAUCCAUCUGUCCUACAGUGCCACAGUCGUGGCCGCCAAGCUGGAACUUAUCCGUGCCAGAUGACGGCCCUACAUUGCCACUUUAGUGAACAAGAACGCUUGAGUAUCGGACAAACGGUGCCACUGUCAGAAGUAGUACGCUGAGUGACUCCGAACAGAGUUUUCUGACCCGCAGUGACUGAAACCGAUUCGCUCACGGAACCUUUCCGUGCGGACUGGACUGGACUUGCUGAAUAGAUCGCGUCAGAAUUGAGCAAACGCCGAAGAUGAGUCUAGUGGUCACCUUACGUAUCAAUGUGCUGGACCGACAGAGCUAGCUUGUGUGGGCGGUGCAUCGCUCGCCGCUUUUCCAUGUGUGGUAUGUCACAACCAGCGGUCUACUUGAUGUCGGUAUGAUUGUGGAUAUAUGUGUAGGUGUAUGCGAGCGUGCGCUCUGUCUGUGUGUAUGUGCUCUUUGUGUGUACUUGUGCGUGUGACAGCAGUGCUUUUCCCUGGACUGGCCAGCGCUCUAGAAUUGCGGUCUGUUCGGCCGGCCGGGCAGAUGCCACUGUCUUGGUCAGAUGUGUGUGCUGAGAGGAAUAGAGUGCGCUGUCGGUCGGUCCCCAGGGCCGGCCGACCGCGGAGGCUACUGGCUACGAGCUGAGUGAGUGAGCUGAGCGGUGUUUUAGUGUUGUAAAUACAAUAAACGAUUUGGAACUGA